AUGGAUAACACAUCAGUGUGUUUCAUCGAGACAUUAUCUCGCUCACAAAUAUUUCUUAUCAAGAACGAGAUUCUCUUUGAUUACCACAGUUAUUUCUCUUUAAAAUAUUUGAAAUAUUUCUGUAUAUUUUUUGUUUCAUUUUAUUUUCCAAAUUAUCUUGUAGUCAAUAAAAUACAUAUAAUUUACAGAUUAUUAUUAAGUAUGUUGGUAGAAUCUGAAUCCCGCGAAUCUGCAUAUCGAUUUGUGGUUUAUACGGCAAUUUCUUUUUCACUCGCAACUAUUGUAGCUAUAUUUAUAACUUUACCAUUAGCUAAUAAUUAUAUAAAUAAUUUACAUUUACGUGUACAACAUGAAAUGGAUUUUUGUAAAUUAUCUGCUCAGGAAGUUAUUUUAGAGAUGAGUGAUAUAGGGGAAGAAGCUGGGUGUUGUAUUCCUGGAUUGCCAGGUCCUGCUGGUCCUCCUGGCCGAAAUGGGAUUCCAGGUAGACCAGGAGCUCCUGGCGCUCCUGGGUUUCCUGGUCGACUUCCAGCUAUUUGUGAGGAGGUGACACAACCUCCGUGCAUUGCCUGUCCUCCUGGAGAGCCGGGCCCUCCAGGACCAUUGGGCGACCAAGGUAAUCCAGGCCCAUUAGGGCAUCCUGGUCGUACUGGAAAUGAUGGAACUCCAGGUCCACAAGGGCCUCCUGGCCCUCAAGGAUCACCUGGCAGUCAAGGAAGAGACGGGGCAAGAGGUGAAGCUGGCCGACCAGCAAUCUCCACACCAACUAUGCCUGGAGAUCCGGGGCCUCCUGGAGAACCGGGUUCUCAAGGAUUGCCUGGAGAUGCUGGAGAGCCAGGUCGUCCAGGUUCUGAAGGACUUCCAGGCCCACAAGGACCACCUGGACCGGUUGGUCCUGCAGGGCCACCUGGCAAGCCUGGGGAAGAAGGGCAACCUGGACAUCCAGGUGCGCCUGGUGAGAGAGGAAUCUGUCCAAAAUACUGUGCUUUGGACGGAGGGGUAUUUUUUGAAGAUGGAACUAGACGUUAA